GACGCCGACUAUAGCUCUGAGCAGCUUAGUUCACUCGUUAUCAGCAAGAACAAGGUCUACGAGCACAAAACACUACAUGUCAAUUACACAACUUACGAUCUGAGGCGCAAACAGGACACUAUUAACCCACGAUCGCGUGCAGAUAUAAUGGUCAUGUCUCAGGACUCGCCAAGCGAUGCUGGUGUUCACCCAUACUGGUACGCUCGAGUCACCUACAUAUUUCAUCUCAAAGUUCGCUUUCGACAAGAGGAUCCAACCUCACUUCGACGCAUAAACAUUGUUCUGGUUCGGUGGCUCCACCGAAAUUCUCGGUACCAAAGUAUAUUUGCAGCUCGCCGACUUCCACGGGUUUCUUUCCAUCCUCUGAGCUCUUCGGAAUGCUGGGACUUUAUUGACCCAUCUACAAUCGUGCGGGGCAUCCACCUCAUCCCUGCCUUCAAGAGAGGUCGAUCU